UCAACAAUGGAGUUCUGCACACGGAUUGAUGCUAAAGCAGGUUCAAAACCAUUUUGGCAAGAACAUAGUCUCUUCCCCACUAUCAAUCAAUGCAGUUUUGAACAUGGUGGUUGCAGGAUCAACGGGCCAUACUUUGAAGCAUAUGUUGGGCUUUCUCGGGUCCAAAAACAUCCACGAAAUCAAUUCAAAAUCGAGGAAGAUGAUGGCGGUGGCAGCAGGUGGUGGUGGUAGAUCCUCUGAAAACAUCGGGAAUGGUCCGAUUUUGAUCAUGGUCAACGGAGCUUGGGCCGAUCGACGUUUUCCUUUAGUAUCAAAGUACAAAGAGGAGGUUCUAGAAGGUAUUUUCAAGUGCGAAGUGAACAACGUUGAUUUUCAAACUAAGCCUGAUCAAGUGGUAGAUGAAAUUAGCUCAUGGGCAAAUACUGCAUCAAGAGGUCUUAUACAAAACAUUCUCCAACGUGGGUCCGUGGAUCCACAAACAAUACUCAUCCUCGCAAAUGGACUCUACUUUAAAGGGCUUUGGGACUCUGACUAUAAAUUUGAUGCAAGGAGGACUAAAAAAAGAAAAUUCUAUCCUCCCGAUGAGAGCACUAUUUUAGUUCCAUUCAUGACUAGCCGUAAAGACUAUUAUUACGGAUCGUUUGAUGGUUUUAAGGUCCUUAAAAUCCCAUAUCAGUGUUGCCAACCCAACAAUUUCUCUAUGUACUUUUUUCUCCCAGAUGAGCGAGAUGGAUUGCGAAAUCUUAUUGGGAAGCUCAAUUCCGAUUCUGGGUUUCUAAGUGAAGAGUACUUCGAGUUAACAAAAGAGAAGCUUGACGAAUUUUGGAUCCCAAGAUUCAAAUUCUCGUUCGAUUUUAAUGUUUUAGAGGUCAUUGACGACAUGGGGGUAUCGUUUUCCAGAAUUGAGAAUCCGAGAGACUUGUCCGAGAUGGUGCAUAAUUCUGACGAUGCCAAAUCCUUUUCCCUAAAAAUGUUUCAGAAAUCUUAUAUUGAGGUAGAUGAGAAGGGUACGGAGGCUGCAGCCAUUACUUGUAUGAAUAUUGUAGGAUGUGCAAUGCCUCAGCCGAAAAAGAGUAACUGUUUCGUUGCUGAUCAUCCUUUCCUCUUCAUGAUCAAGGAAGAGAUGUCGGGUUUAGUUUUAUUCACUGGAGCAGUACUCAAUCCAAUCCAAAAGGAUUGA